AUGGAAAAUUUUGACUGGCUAAAAUUUUAUACUAAAUGUUUUCCAUGUGAUGGCAACAAUAUUGAUAUUCUAGAAAGUCCUCAAUUAUUCUAUGAAACAUUAAAAGAAAAGAUUAAAAGUUCAAAUAAACGUAUUGUUUGGUCAUCUCUUUAUUUGGGUACUGGAAAAAUGGAAAAAGAAUUAGUCGAAGCCCUUUUAGAUAGAUGUCAAUGGCACAAGCUCAAUAAAUCUUCUUUCAACCUCCUUAUAUUGAUCGAUUAUCUGCGCGGUUCCAGACCUGUUAAAAACAUCCACAGGGAAACCCAAAAUGACUAUAACAAUUUAUUUGUAACAGGUACAGGGAGAAACGACUUUUUCAAUUUACAAAAUUCCAAGGACGUCCAAAAAAUAUCCCCGAAAUACAUAUUCGGCGAUGAUGAGAGAAAAAAAUCGCGGUAUUCCUCCGUUGUUAUAACGUUCCCUUCCCUCAUGUCAAACCUUACAAUCACGAGCCGAGAUAUGUUAUUACCUCUCAUAAAACGAUACCCCGAGAUUGCCAGUGUUUACCUGUACCAAUCUCCCAAAUUUACUUUUUUCAAAAAAAUAUUUCUAUCUGGUUCCUUCCGCGAAAUAGCCGGUUUAAACCACGUCAAGGCCUACAUUUUCGAUGACGAUAUUUUAAUAUCUGGCGCAAAUCUGAGCGAAUCUUAUUUUACUGACCGGCAAGAUCGUUACAUCCUCAUCCGCAAUUGUAAAGACAUAUGCGAUCACCUGGAAAUUUUUAUCAGAUUGCUCUGCAAAUUUUCUUCCCACAGACUCCUACCUGAUGACACGACCUGCAACAUGAUUAAACUUUCAAGACAACUAUCUAGACGUGGCCGAAGAUCGCGCGCGCAUAAAGGGGCAACAGGAAGCGAUUUGGAUAAAGGCGAUGAAGGGAUAGAUGAAAAGGUGUGGGAUAAUGAUGAUGAUAAUAAUCUUAAAAACGCGAAAAUCGACGAGCUUAGCGAGGAAAGCCUUUAUUUUCGUAAACAUUUUUACGGGAAAAACGGAGAAUUAGGGUUCAAAAUUAAACAACAUUUCGGCGGUUAUCAAUUCGAAAAAUGGCUACGAAACGAAAUAUCAAAUAUGCGUAACGAAAAACUUGCAUCAAAAGUGAAACGCGAAUCAAGCAAAAAUUCUAAUACAAUGGAAGAUCCUUUAAUUGAUAAACCGGUAAAAUAUGCUCCGAUUACGAUUACAAAAAAAUUUGUUAAUGGCCAACUAAAAGUCGCCUCCACAUGUUUAGACAACCACUCGAAGUCCAACAAUGACGGGAAGAAAUACGAUACCUACAUAUACCCCCUCAUACAAGCCCAACCUCAUGGGGUCGAUUGUGACCACGCCUGCAUGAUAAAUUUUUUCCAAACAAUCGAUUCCGGGAGCAGGCUUUGGUUGGCCACCGGUUACUUUAACCUCGUUCCCGUUUAUUCUGACAUUCUUUUAGAUAGAUAUAAAGAUAAAGAUAAAAGCCGAGAAGAUCCGCAUUUUAAAAGUUUUAAAAGACAUAUCAAACGGGACAAAGAUGACAUAAUACCCUUCUAUCGUAAAGAUAAUAGGGCUCUCUAUGCAACCAAUAUUCUCCUAGCUUCUCCUCAAGCCAACGGGUUUCACGGGGGCAAGGGUUUAAAGAAAUACGUUCCUCUGAUAUACAGUUACGCGGCUCACCUAUUCUACAAUAAAAUACACGAACCACCUAACAAGGAUAGACUUUUCGAAAGGGGUUUUGGCGAUAGCAAAUACUCUUGCAUUCAAAUUUGGAACAAAAUUUUUAAAAAAAAUUAUAGCUCAUCUACUAGCACGAAUUCCGACAAUCGCCUAUCCUUAAAAUCUCCUCUAAUUUCACGGAUUAGAAACGAUGAUGAUGAUUCGCAUAAUUCUAAGCAAAUAACUCUUUGGGAGUACGAAAGAAUAGGCUCGACCUACCACGCCAAAGGUCUAUGGUUAUACUCGGCUUUGGAAAGGUACCCAGCUUUCACUAUCUUCGGCUCAUCAAAUUUCGGAUAUCGAUCAGUGCAUCGCGACGUCGAGUUGCAAAUUGCUGUAUUUACCACAAACACUAAAUUAAAACGAAAAUUGCACAAGGAAUUAGACAAUAUCAUUGAAUACACCUCCGAGGUAAACGAACAAACAUUUUUAGUCGAAGAACGCAAAAUUCCAUUUUGGCUCAAAAUUUUAUAUAGAAUCAUGAGAUCAUAUUUUUAGUCUUUAUUAAAUAUGAAAAAAAUAUUUAUAUGGGUGCCGCACCCGUUUUUCUUUAACUGAAAAAGUCUUCUUUAUAAAAUUAUUUUUUGAUUGGUUUUAUAGGAUCCGUUUUAAUCUCUCCGAUAUAUAUAGUUCAAUUACCCAUUUACGC